AUGACCAACGACGAGUUUCUGAGCGCGUGUGCGGCGAUUCGCUCGGAUCAGGCCCUGAAGCUGCUCAAGAAGUUGCCCUGGGGCUCGCCCCUCCUGCACGCCGUCUUUGAGUAUCAUAAUGCGGAUGACAUGACUCCGCUCCACUAUGCGUGUUGGUACGGCCAAAAAGAUAUAGCACGGCUCUUGCUCGACGCCGGCGCCGACCGCAACGCCCGCGACUACGCGCCCGCGCCCCUCCUGCAAGCUUGCCGCCAAGGCCAUCUUGAAGCCGUGAAGGCUCAGCUGGCCGCUGGGGCUGACGUGCAUCAAUGCAAUGAGGCGCAGGCAGCCAUCGAAGCAAUAAACCACUGGCUGCUGCCACUAGCUCGUGCAGUAGCCACUGCACCGGUUCCAGAAGGGCCCCCGAUCGUUCUCAACGCCAUGCUCGCCUUUGCAUGCACUGAUACGGCCCCUGCAUUGAAUGCCGCCGUCAGCAACGUGAUGGACGCACAAGCGUGGCUUGAAUGGCUGCCCAGCAGCAUGCCACAGCAUCUUGAUGCCACGCGCGCCAUCAUCAACGUCAUUGAUGAUGGUGUUCGGGCCCAAGACCAGGUGCAGACCCGCAUUGGCACAUCACAGCCGGGUGACAGCCUUUUGGGUGUCUUGGGAGAGAUACAAGACGUCGUCAAGGCCCUGCAGAUUGGAUCCUGUGAGCUUGACUGGUCUCAUUGCACCAAGGCCUUAUCAAUCCUUCAGUCCACUAUGCCAACCACCCAAACGGCCCACCCUCCAGCUAGUGCAGAACGACUGGGCGACAGCCUAUUGAGCGAGAGCACUACCGCUUGCAGUCCAUCCUUGGAGUCUUCGGCGCAUUCCUCUACACUCCUGCCUGACGACCGCACGCCGAGUCUCUACACCCUGGCCAAUGCACUUGACAAAGACACUGCUCACGACUUGAAAUCCAGCUCGAUAGGGCUGCCCGAGCUUUUGGAAAAGCUGUGCACGGCGCGACGCACUCUGGCUGUAGUAGCCCAGGCCCUUCAACAAGCAGAAGUGCAAGCACGCAACGCUUUACAACAGCUCGCCCAGGCCGUUGCCAACUACACGGCAAGCCUGGCGGACAGUUUGAAACAGGAUGGAGCUCGAGCACUUGCCCUGUUGGAUGGGGCAAAGGGUCUUGACCCACCAACUCCGGGUAUCGAGGCUUCUCAAAAAGCUUCAGAUUCCUAUUUGGAUUGGCGUCCCAUUCGUGACGCCCACGCAACGCUUCAGCACCUCUCACGCAGUGUCGACUCUCCCAUGCGUCAGGCCGUUAUGGCCGCCGUGCACUGCGGUCCACACAUGUUACGCCAAUUGACAACCAUGGCCCACAUCGAACAGGAGAAUUUGAGCGCCCAAUUUCAUGUGAUUCGCGCCUGGCACUCCGAUCUACUUGCCUCUCUGACUGUUUGUCAGACCAAGGCCCGCGCUCACAUCCAGCAGCUAGCCGCUCAAGACGAGGGCAAUGCCUCGACAACAGACACGCGCCAUCGCAUUCUCGAUCAGAUUCAGUCGGCGCGUCGCUUUCUGGACAGCGGCCCGCCCGCUGAAAUGCAGACAAUGCUCUUGGCACAAAUCGCGCAGUGGGAGGCAGAAUUGCAACAGCUCCACUCUUCAGCUCCCCAUUCUGAACCCAUCGUGGAGCUCUCGCAACAGCUCAUGCGCCACUUUAGUGACUUGCUGCAACUCGUCCCACGUGGACCGCAGGAUGCCUGUGCACGCCUACAGGCACAACUACCCGAGGCGUCGCCCCAGUUGGCCCUGGAGAUUCUGGCACAGCUUGAUGCGGAUGUUUCAUUGCGCGAUUUCUCUGAUGAAACCAUCCUAUCUGACUCAAAUCACCCAGUAUCACGCUUUACCUUCGCGCCCGCGGACGGCCCAACCCACACCGUAGCCGUCAAGGCCUAUUCACUGCUUCAGCGUGACAAACACACCACACUUGAACAAAGAUGCCGCACCAUCUUGCGUGAGGUGACCACGUUACGCAGCCUGCAACACGAACACAUCCUGCACUUGGAACUCGCCUUUUUUGACGUGCAUGCCAAGGCCCCGCGCAUUUACCUGGUACUACCCUGGUGUCCCGAGCGCGAUCUCGGGCACUGGCUGCAAAACGUGACAGCUGAAGCAGUAACAGCCAAGCUGGCAUGGCGUCUCAUGCAGGAGACGCAAUCCGCCUUGGCUUACAUUCACAAGGCCGGUCUUGUACACCGUGAUGUCAAACUGAGCAACAUCAUGUUGGCAGGCAAGCACAACGACCCCCAGGCCAAGCUCGGUGACUUUGACAUUACGCGCCCGGCAGCUGAGCGCACCUUCUUGGUGCGCACUACCUUGGCGGCAGUCGGUACCGAUGGCUAUAUCGCCCCCGAGUUGCUCUUCGGGCGUGGUCGAGUGGGGGCCCGACCAUCGCAAGAUGCCUUUGCACUUGGUUGCGUCUUCUACAACGUGUACUCUUUCCCGCUACGAGCGCCUGCAGUUAGCAAGGAAGGCGAGGAUUUGCGCACUGCCUUGCUUCGCAAUAAUGAUGGUACUGCCUCAGUGGCUCCAGCGGUUGCAAGCUGCAAGUUUCCCAAACUCCGGCAUGAGCUUGAGCUUGUCGAGGGUCGGGUGCACCAACUGACUUGGCAGCUUUUGGCGCCCAGUCCGCACGACCGACCAAAGCUCUCAGCGGGCCCUAUGGAGUCCACAUUGUUGCAGCCUGCUCUGGGCACCGAACCAGGAGCACUCGAUCCGCCCAUGACCAAGGUUCUGCUGGAAGCCCCAGAGCUGCUCGAUGAGGUCAAUGCGUUGCUUGAGCAAAUUGCUGCCUCGGAUGCGCAGGCGUUGGUCGUAACACGUGUGCAGCGGGUGGUCAACACCCUCGUGUGGAGGCGUUAUAUGCGGCGCUUGGAGGAAAUGCAGCAGCGACAACCCAUCCAGACUGAACACGUCUGUGAAACUCUACUCACUGGCCAUUUGGAGGCGAUAACGGGCUCCGUGCCGCUCUUUCGUGAUGGCGCGUGUCAAGAGCGACUCCUCUUUAUGAGUGCACCAAUCUCAAACGACAAGCGCAAUCACGUGGUCCGGCUUGGAUUCGAUACCCGCUUUCACCCAGCCACAACCAGCCAAGGGCAUGGCAUCUGGCUCAGCGAUGAUCCACUGCAGCUCAAGCCUGCGAAUCCCAUGGCCACCUUGCACAGCUUGGUCGCGCCUCAGCCACCCAACGCCCAGCUCAGCCAGCCCAUUUCAGCAGCGCCCAACGCUGUGCGCCGAGCUCAACCCCCAGCUAGUGACGAGACGCUGUACGUUCCCAUCAUUUGCAUCUUUGUUGUAACGGGCGGAAAUAGCAGCAAAAGCGCGGCUAGCCAAGCCGCCAUUGCACAAACCUGGUUCACCAACCAUUCGUACUUUGUGACACAUGACAAAGUGCCAGUGCCGAGCGAACGCGUCGUGUAUCUCAGCACCUCGGCUGAGCAAGCCGCCCGUGUCAACCUGGCCUUGAAAGUGCUGCACAUGUGGGAAUAUCUCGCGCGCAUGCGCACCGCCCGCUUUGCACAGUGUGACUAUUUUAUGAAGGCAGAUGACGACACCUACGUCAACCUGCCCCGUCUACAGCAGGAGCUGGCCCUGCUCAAUGCUUCUGUGCCAUCUUACUUUGGUGUCAAGCGCUACAGCGCCGUUGUCAAAAACACGCCCCCAGCCAACUCACUCUGGCCGCCCAAGAACAGCCUUAACUUUGGUCAUGGGGGAGCUGGCUAUCUUCUCUCUCGUGCUGCCCUUGCCCAACUCGGACCUGACGCCCUGGCUGCGUGUCGCCACAGCCCCCCUCUCCUCUCCUUGGAAGAUGCACGUCUGGCAGCCUGCUUGUACCAGCAGCUGGGCCUUGACUGCACCAACCUGCAAUGGAUGUCCUUUGGGGGCAUGGACCCUUGGCACAACCGACAUGACCAGGACCGCCAGACAAAUACCCUCGACGCAGCAUCAGACCUUGAACUCAUCAAGGGUAGCUCUUUUCACAGCAUUCGUGCUGAUCUGAUGAAGCGCCUGCAUCAUCGACUGCAGGCCAUCGAUCCCACCGUGUGGACACAGGCGCUGCAACGCAUUGGAGAUCAGGCCCGCACCCUGUUAGCACAGCCCUCCCCCCGCUUCAACGCGCUCUACCGCUGUGCUCUACCACACGAGGCGACAAGCCUGGAGGGCGCUUGCCACGACAGUCUGGUUGCGGCCCCGCUGCGGCAGCUGGCCCACGCCGGCGUCGAUGCCGAUGCCCUUCAAGCCAGCUUUUCCUGGCGCUGGGUGCACCGGCCUUCCGAACCACGCCAGCAGCCGAGAACUUUGUUCUCAGUUGUAUUUCCCCUAACACUGACCUUGGAUAUGAGCGUGUGGCUAGAGCGCAUCUGGGCUGGAGCCCUCGCGCCGCUACAACCCGAUAUUCAAUUAAACCUGGUCUUUUGUGAUCAGCUCCCAGAGAAGUUGGCCACCGAGGCCAAAGCAAGCUUGGCGGGCGUCGCUGCGGUGACUGUGGCAUGCCAGACACUCACCGUAGGCGAACAGUAUCUCAACAUUCAAAAGGCCGUCUUGGCUGGCGUUACGUGGGCCAGUCAACAAAGGGAUCAAUCCUUGGACGUCAGCGUUGUGAUACCGGCCGAUGCGAGCGUGAGCGUGUCGCGCUUGCGCCUCUUGGCCAGCCAUGACCGAGCGAUUUUAAGCCCCCUGGUGCCACUCCAGCAAGUUGACCGCAUCAUCUUCAAUCUCGCUCAGCUAACGGCGUUGGCCGACAAUGGUCAAGCGCGCCUCCAAGGCACUGCUUUGUUGACCACUGCACCUGCCACUGCUGCCGGACUGUCCAACCCCCAACGCGACUUACACCCAGUCCUCGCGGUUGACCAAUGGCCUAUUGAGAGCCGUCACAAAACAGCCUUCCAGCGUUUCAUCAAGGGCCCCGAUCAGGGUCAAUACGAUCUCAUCUUUAGCCAUCUCACACCCAACGGAAAGUUUAGCGGCCGCUAUGAAGUUGUGGAGCGCUUUUACGAGCACUUGUUGGGGCCCCACGCCACGAUCGCGGCCUUUCGUGAGCCGAAACAACAGUUGACUUCGUACGCCUACUAUUACUUUGUGCCCAAUCACCGUGAGCAGAGCCAAGCCGAAGCGUUCGUGCAAAACCAUCUUGCUCGUUUCGAUGUGACCGUGCUAUCUGAGCGGUAUGUGAGCUGUGUCCCUCUACACUUUGACCUGUGCCUGGCAUGCAUUGCUGAUGCGAGCGGCAAUAUGGGUGGUGGUACGGGGGGCGAGGGGAGCAGGUUUGAUGAGAGCUUAGUUUUGAUGAGGCGACUCUUCAACUGGGACCCCCUCGACAUCACAUACCUUCGCCUGCUGGAUUCCCACGCCAAAGACAGCCACCUCCUGAACCCAUUUUCGCACCCCACCCCCACCCCCCCUUUUGACUCGAUUCGAGCAGGUUUGAAGCCCAGGUGGCCCAAGAGCAGAACUUUGCAGAAGAAGUCCGGCUGUUUCAGGAACUACAAGCGGCUUUAA